UCUUCCUACUCAGAAUUUUUCAUUUUUGGAAUUCACCAAAAGGGAUUAAAUUUCAAUCUCCCUCUUUUUCUUUUUCUACUUUUUUUUCUCUUUAAAUUAUUAUUAUUAUUUUUGAAUUCUCUCCGAUUUCUCUUCUCCCCCAUCAGAUUUUUCCCUUUUCUCCAUUUGGACGUUGCUCCAAUUUCUAACGGGUCUGAAGGUAUGCAGUCAAAGUCUGAAACCAAUAAUCAGCUCGAUCCAAAUGGUGCUCCAUCGACGAGUAUCUAUUAUGAACCCUGGUGGCGUGGCAUGGGGUACAAUACUUUUCCGUUACCUGUGGUUGGGGGAAAUGCUUCCAGUUCAACUUCUCUUGAAUUCCCUAAUGGUGGUUCAGAGUCAAAUGAUGGCCAAUCUGUGUCUAAUAAUGAUGUAAAUGACGAAGAAGAUGAUGUUUCCAAAGAAGUGCAAGCUACUGGAUCUCCACAUUCUGCGGGAAGCUACAGACAGGAUGCUCAGAAGAUGCAGCAUGUCUCAUCCACUUUGCCAGCAAUGCACGGUGAAUGUCUGACACAGUCUACACAACUCGAACUUGUUGGUCACUCUAUUGCUUGUGCAUCAAAUCCUUAUCAGGAUCCAUAUUAUGGAGGAAUGAUGGCCUUCUAUGGUCAUCAGCCCUUGGGCUAUCCUAUGGUCGGAGGACCACAUGCUAGAAUGCCAUUGCCCAUUGAGAUAGCACAAGACCCCGUUUUUGUGAACGCAAAGCAAUACCAGGGAAUUUUGAGGCGAAGGCAAGCACGUGCAAAAGCUGAGGCUGAGAAGAAGUCGAUAAAAGCCAGAAAGCCAUACCUUCAUGAGUCUAGACACCAGCAUGCCAUAAGAAGGUCAAGGAGUAGUGGAGGGCGUUUUGCAAAGAAAAAUGAAGUUGAUGGAAAGGAUAAAGUAAAUGAGAGUGGUUACCGCCUAAAUGAGGGUUCGGAACAGCAGAAUGGAAGCUCCUUGACGAACAGGGCCUCCGAGUAGCAGCAUGCAUCAGCCACUGGAGGUGAAUGCCAAGACAAUGGCCAAAAUUGGUUGAUGGGGAGGGAUUGAUUGCUUGUUUGUUAAAAGUAUUCCUGGCCACAACACGCCAGGCGGCAAAUCAUUCUUGGCUUUGUUCUGUUGUUCUGAAGAAAAAGAAAAAGGAAUGUAGAAUGAUAUUUGACUUACAGGAUCUCAUGGCUUCAAAGGAUUCCUCAAAGUCCAAGAGAUUUCUUCAUUCCAUUCUCUUUUUUUGCCUUUUUGUACAGAGUUUAUGAUGACUUAAGGGAGUGGAAACUUUGACCUCUUGUAUUAUAUAGCAGAGUGGAAACUAAAUGAAUCAUAAAGCUUAGGAUAGAUAUAGAGAUUGUGAUGCACAAAGCUUAAGCUUGAAAGAUUUUAAAUUUGAAUAUCCAAGGUCGACAGGUUAUUGAUGCAAAUUAUUAUUUUCUGGUAAAAAAAAUAGAUGGAGUUUGUCUUCCUUUAGCUUU